AUAUGAGACCCUAACCCAAAAUUGACUUCUGGAACCUACGGUACAUUACCAAAAGAAACAUUUUUUCGAAUUCCCUAUAAAUCCAAUCCUAAUUUAUAGUCUCCAUAAACACUAAAACCCCAAAAAUUGGUUCUUUUCUCGCUUCAUUAGGAUAUUGCUCAGUUUUCCAGGGCGUUACCAGAAUUUCUCUUUUUGAUCUGCGUCAGUUCGAUAGAUUGGCUUUCACAAUAUGAAAGGGGAAAAACAGAGUGCACUCAACAUCUUGGUUAUUUGGAGGGGCAAGAAGCUGAAUGUAGAGAUAGGGUCAGGUGGUACCCUGAAGGAGUUUGGGCACAAACUACAGAAGCUGACUAAUGUCAAAGCUGAUACUAUGAGACUUCUUGUUCCACAAUCCAUGGGUGAAGGCUCAAAGAUGUUCACUCCUUUCUCUGAGGACCACUCGAAUUUAAGCUUGCGAGAGUCUUCCAUUCUUAAGGGAAAAUCUAUUAGAAUGAUGGGAGUGUUUGAGGAAGAGAUUGAAGAGGUUAAACAAAAUGCAAAAGCAGACCUGAGGAUUGCUGGGUUUGAUGAAGAGGAAAAGAGAUUAAGGCAGCGGAUGUUGGAUAGGCCACAGGCUUCCCUCAAACUUCCACAAGGAACCUACAUCUUUUGUGAUUUCCGCACGCUUCAACUUCCAGGAAUAAUGUUGAACCCUCCAGCUUCUGAGGCUUUGAGAAGGAUGCACAUGCUUGCUGCUGAUCCAGGAAUCAUUGCUGUCAUGAAUAAGCAUCGCUGGCGGGUAGGAAUUAUGACAGAGAUGGCACCUGUGGGAUAUGUUGGUAUCAGUCCCAAAUGUAUUCUUGGUUUCAACAAGAAUCAUGGAGAGGAGAUAUCUCUUCGCCUUCGAACUGAUGAUCUCAAGGGUUUCAGGAAAUAUGAGAGUAUCAAGAAAACUCUGUUGCAUGAACUUGCUCACAUGGAAUUCUCUGAACAUGACGCCAACUUUUUUGCACUAGACAAGCAGCUCAACGAAGAGGCUGCUAGUUUAGACUGGACAAGAUCAAGAAGCCGCACCUUGAGUGGUGAUAGGCCUUCGGAACACCAUGAAGAGGAAUUCUAUGUUGGUAGCAGUGGUAACACUUCUCAAAGACUUGGGGGAAAAAUGCCAGAUCAGCUAGCUAGUGCACGUGCAUCUUCAGUUGCUGCUGCUUAUAGCCGUUUUGCAAUUUCGUCCCCUGAUAGUUCAGCAGAGGGAUUUGGAGAGCAUGUAGAACUUAAUUCCGAUGAUUCUGGAUUGAUGGUGCAUGAACCUGAUCCUAAUGAUUUGGCAAUGAAGGAAAGUAUGCAAGUUGACAAUCCAAGCGAAGCUGACCCUAAUUUUGAGCCUGAUCCUGAUGAUCGUGAAGUGGUACAAUUUGCACCUAACUUAGAAACUGUUAAAAAGGUUGUGGGCUCCAACACCUAUGAAGAACCUGAUCCUGAUGAUUCUGAGAUAAAUGUGAUUGCUUCAAAAUGUGGCUCCACAGUUCAGCUGGGUAUUAAUGAUGGUGAGGGGAAUGAAACUUUGGACAAGGAUAUUCAGCAUAAGAAUUCAUUUGAGGAACCUGAUCCAGAUGAUUCUGAAGUUAAAAGGAGCAUCUUGAAGUAUGGAAAUAGUUAUGAACCUGAUCCAGAUGAUUAUAAAACUAUUAAAAUUGUAGAAAAUGAGGUCCAACUGAGGAAAACUGCUGAGGAACCUGAUCCUGAUGCUUCAGGAGCCUGUUUGGAACAUAGAAGCAGAAGUGAACCUGAUCAAGAUGCUUCUCAAGGCAAUGGAAUUCUGCAGUUUGAGCCUGAUCCUGAUGACAAUGUGGGGAACACAAUCGAAAGUUCUAGAAUGCAAGUUGAUGAACUCAAUCCAGAUGAUCAAGAGCUGCAGAGAAUCCAAGACCCUGUUUCUGUUGUUUGUGCCCGUCUUCAGGAAACCAUAGAGAUGCUGCGAUCUGAAGUUAAUCCCACAGAGGCUACUUCUGUCCUCCAGACUCUAUUCAAGAUCAUUAGGAAUGUGAUCGAACACCCAGAUGAGAUGAAAUUCAAGAGGCUACGGAAGGCCAAUCCUCUAUUUCAACGAAAUGUUGCAAAUUAUAAAGCUGCUAUGGAGGUUCUUUUCCUGGUGGGUUUCAUCGAGGAUGUUGUAUCAGAUGAAAUCGGCAGGGCGGAGACUUUUGUAGUGUUGAAGAGGAAUGAUCCUGGCUUACUGUGGCUUGCCAAGUCAUCUUUGGAGAUGUGUAUUGCCUGCUAGCUCUGGAAUUGGGUAGAUUGGGAGCUUAGGCUCAAGAUGGCUGCUAUUUCAUAUUAUUGUGUGUAUAGGAUUGAAAUUAUGAAUAUAAAUGAAACAGAGAAAAAAAGUGUGGAAGGUAAAAGAGUGUCAAUGGGUUGUAAGAACAUGAAGCGGUUCAUUGAGGAUUGCUAGUGGUCUUUGACUGUAAAUGAAAAUAACUUGUAAAUAAAUGGGAGUCUUCUGUUA